GCCUCAGACCGACCGCAGUGCCUUAUCUGAUAGGGUCAACGGCUCUUAUUUAGGGACAAAGAGGAAGGAAGAAUUAAUAAGGUCUCUGGACUUUACCUCCUUUAAUAGAAGGAUUAUCUGUUUUAUCCGCGGGAAAUUAAAACACUUUUCUCUACUUGAGAGAAAGAAGAAGAAGCAUUAAAGAUGCUCUGCGUCUAUUCCCACUGACUUUGAGAGAGGAGCGGAGAGGAACCUGAACGACCCUUUACGCAUUUUAAACGGUGACAGAAAAUAAAGAAGCUGCUUGUUGAGUGUGAACGAUGGCCGGGUGCUGUGUGUCGGCGGAGGACAGAGAGAACCAGAGGAUCAACGAGGAGAUCGAGAAGCAGCUCCGCAGGGACAAGAAGGACUCUCGCAGGGAGCUGAAGCUGCUGCUGUUGGGUACUGGAGAGAGUGGAAAGAGUACCUUCGUCAAACAAAUGAGGAUUAUCCACGGAGGAGGAUACACAGAUGACGACAAGAGGAGCUACGCCAAACUGGUCUACCAGAAUAUCUUCACCUCCAUGCAGGCCAUGGUCCGAGCCAUGGAGGCGCUCGGGAUUUCUUUCACUAAUCCCCAGAACAAGAGCCAUGCAAACUCGGUUCUGGAUGUGGAGGUGGACAAGGUGGAGGAGUUUGAUCAAAGCCUUGCGGCGGCACUGAGGAGUCUGUGGGAGGACGCAGGGAUACUGGAGUGCUACGAAAGACGCAGAGAAUACCAGCUGUCCGACUCCACCAAAUACUAUCUCACCGACCUGGAUCGCAUUUCUCAACCCUCUUAUAUACCCGACCUGCAGGACAUCCUCAGAGUCCGAGUGCCGACCACGGGCAUCAUCGAGUACCCCUUUGACAUGGAUAACGUUAUCUUCAGGAUGGUGGACGUGGGGGGUCAGAGGUCCGAGAGGAGGAAAUGGAUCCACUGCUUUGAGGACGUCACCUCCAUCAUCUUCCUGGUGGCGCUCAGCGAGUACGACCAGGUGCUGGCCGAGUGCGACAACGAGAACCGUAUGGAGGAGAGCAAGGCUCUGUUCAAAACCAUCAUAACUUAUCCCUGGUUCCAGCGCGCCUCCGUCAUACUCUUCCUCAACAAGACCGACAUCCUCAAGGAGAAGAUCAUGCACUCUCAUGUAGCCACCUACUUCCCUGAAUUCACAGGACCUCAGCAGGACGCGACAGCGGCACAAGAAUUCAUCCUGAAAAUGUACAAUGAACAAAACCCGGACAAAGACAAGGCGGUGUACCCUCACUUCACCUGCGCCACCGACACAGAGAACAUCCGCUUCGUCUUCGUGGCUGUUAAAGACACCAUCCUCAGACACAACCUGAAGGAGUUCAAUCUGGUGUGAGAGGAGCAGGACAGAUGUGAGCCGAGAGAAGAGAGUUACUUUAAAACAAAGUGCUUGUUACUUAAGCUUCUUAAAAAGAGAACAAUUGGGUCCAAUGAAAAACAUUUUUUUACUUUUUUGUGCCUGUAACAAUUCGGAAAAAGGAAAUACAAACAGGUAACCAACCUACAUAACAAACGAUUUUCUAAAUUAUAAUUUCUGAAAUGCAGACUUUGUGUUUUGUAGUUCCUAUUUUAGAAAUGUGCUGUAAGAAAGUGACACUUUGAAGUAGAAGUAAGAAUGUGAAAUUUAGUAUGAAGUAAUAUUGUGCGGGAUACUUUUAUUACAGUUAAAAUAGUUAUAAAAAUAAAAAGGAUCCAAAUAUACAAUUUCUGCUCAUGCAAUAGCUGCAAGAAUCACUUUAAUUACCGGCAUUUUUAUAUUGUGUAGAUUGUAUUUUCUAACACUGAACCAGAGGUGUCUGCAAGUGCCUCAUUUACUCAGGACAGUGAGCGCAGCCUCACAGUGUGUCGAGAUGUAAAUAAUCCAAGUUGUGCUUUAGAAGGUUCUUUUCAACGGUUUAUUCUCUGUAGAAAUGAAAGUUAUAUUUAUGGUAUUUUCAAUAAAGAAUGAUAGUUAAUUUAAA